AUGUCGUUUCGCAAAAGGAAUUCCGUUCUGCGCGCUCCCCGGUUGGCCAACUCCGCCCCAGAAGACAAGGCAAUCAUAGCGGCUGGCGUUCGACCGUCCCCUCAUGAUGGCAGAUUGACAACAUCAACAGGAACCAUCACGCUGGACCAGAUUCUCGCAGGUCACGCCGGUCUUCCUCUUGGAUCGUCGCUUCUCAUCCAAGAGUCUGGAACGACGGAUUUCGCCGGAACGCUACUACGGUAUUUCGCUGCAGAAGGAUUAGUACAGGGCCAUCACGUUCACGUUCUCGGCGCCGGUGAUGAGUGGAGGCGAGAUCUUCCCGGGCUGGCCAGCCAUGGAAAGCCCAGUGCUACCCAGUUCACUUCGUCUUCGCCUUCGCCUUCGCCGGAAAAGAUGAGAAUUGCGUGGCGGUACGGAGCUCUCGGCAACGUCCCCAAGCCUGCCAAGGGUGCUGCAGUAGUUCCGGUCACAUCCGACAACGGGAAACCGUUCUGCCAUGAUUUCGACAUGGCUAAGCGACUCGAGUCCGGCGACAUCGCCGGUCAGCUCCUCAGCCACCCGCCCAGCAGUGCGCCGAGCCGGUCGGCGCCGUCAGCUCUUGGGGCCUUCAUUGCCGACACUGCUUUGAGGCUCAAGGAGUCAUCGCCAUCAUCCAUUCAUAGGAUUAUUGUGCCGAGCAUCUUGUCUCCAACCUUGUACAGCCCAACAGCUUGCCAACCGACCGAGGUAAUACAAUUCUUCCAUUCCCUGAGGGGUCUGCUGCGACAGUUUCCGACCCAGGUCACGGCCCUGGUGACACUCCCUGUAUCACUGUACCCACGAUCUACUGGCCUCACAAGGUGGAUGGAACUACUCUCCGACGGAGUCCUCGAGCUCAUUCCCUUCCAGCACCACAGCCAGAUGGGUAGCGGUGGUGCUUUGGAGGGUGACAAGUCGCAGGGCCUGCUGCGAGUUCACUGCCUGCCUGUAUUUCAUGAGAAGGGUGGUGGUUUAGAAGGUGGCUCCAUGAGAGAGGACAUGUCCUUUAAGUUGAGCGCAUCGAGCGGUCUGGUCAUCGUGCCCUUUAGCCUACCCCCUGUCGGAGGGGACGACGGUGCUAAUAACUCUUCCAAGCCAUCCGAAGAUGCGCCUCCCGCUCAUUUGCUCGAUUUUUGA